UUUUCCCCACAGUCCUUGAACGCAGCACCAGGCACCAUCAUGACUGUCAUGUGAUGUCCUGUCAUGUGGUGCACUUACUUCCUAUUGAUUAGGUCUGUAGACUCUGCUGUAUCAUGUCGUCUUAGUUAGGCUACACAGACAAUAUCCACCACAGUAAACAUGUUGUUUCGGUAUCAAUCUGAUCGUUGUGCGCCUCUGAUGUUGGUUUGGUUCGUGGCGUGUCUGGGCUGGUUGCUGGUCCGGUCCGAAGCAGCUGAGGACAGCAGCAGCCUCUGGUACCAGGAUCUUUGCAGUUAUAAAUGGGAGGCUAUUGACCAGGAUAAUAAAGUGAGUUACACGUUUCAGCUCUGUGAGUCUUCUUCACCAUUAACCGAGUGCGGCGCCAGCACCGCCGUCUGCGCACGAAACCUCGCCACCAACGCAAAGCAGUCUGUAGGUGAACUGUCCUUACGGAGGCUCUCUGGCUUGGUUCUGGAUUACAACAGCACAGAAAAAUGUUCAGGAAGCAGCAACAACAUUCAGACCAGCAUCAGCUUCCAGUGUGGGAAAACCAUGGGGACCCCAGAGUUUGUUGCCGUGUCUCAGUGCGUGCAUUACUUUGAGUGGAGGACCUACGCUGCAUGCAAGAACGAAAAAUUCAAGCCACACAAAGAGGUGCCUUGUUACGUGUUCGACUCAGAUGGUAAGAAACACGACCUCAACCCUCUGAUCAAACUGAAUGACGGCUAUCUGGUGGACGAUGGCGACGACAGCAUCGACUUCUACAUCAACAUUUGCCGCAGUCUCAACCAUCCAUACAAAACCUGCCCAGAGGGGUCAGCAGCUUGUCUCAUCACCAGUGAAGGCUCCUACAACAUGGGCUCUCCCACCAAACCACUAGAGCUGGUGUCCAGCGACAGCUUGAAGUAUGAAGUCAGUGCCAGCUCAUCUCCUUUGAACAUGUGUAAUGGGCACAACCCUGCCGUCAACAUCAUAUUCAUCUGUCCGUCAAGCAGACAUUCGGGCAGUAUUCCUAAGAUGACAGCCAAGUCCAACUGUCGUUACGAGGUGGAGUGGGUGACUGAAUAUGCUUGUCACAGAGACUAUCUGGAGAGUCACACCUGCAAACUGACGAGCACACAGCAUGUCAUCUCCAUAGACCUCACACCUCUCACCCUGAGCCCUUCAGACCAGCCAUACUAUGCACAAUAUGAGUCUGGUGACCAGGCUGAAAGCUACAUCUACUACCUGAAUGUGUGUGGAGAUGUCCCCACCCAAGAAUGUGGCAACAGUCAGUCUAUAUCGUCCUGCCAGGUGAAGAAGAAUGGAGAUGUGAAGAAGGUGGCUGGAAGGCAUCAGAACCAGACAUUACGUUAUUCAGAUGGAGAUUUGACUCUGAUUUACCCCGAUGGAGACAGAUGCUCCAGCGGCUUCCAGAGAUUGACCAUUAUAAACUUUGAGUGCAGCAAGAAUGCAUCCAAUGGUGGGCGAGGGAAUCCCGUGUUUGCAGGCGAGACAGACUGCACUUACUACUUUGACUGGGAGACAGCCUUUGCCUGCAUCAAGGAGAAGGAGGAUCUGCUGUGUCGGGUUCGAGAUGGCAAGAAACACUUUGACCUUUCAUCCCUCACAAGAUACCCUGGGGCGGAUGUCAGUGGGAACUGGGAGGUGGUGGACGCUAACUCUCCACAGCCAGACUCUCAUUUCUACCUGAACGUCUGCCACAAAGUCCUCCUGACAGGAGAUGCUGCUGGCUGCCCUGAGGAUGCCUCCAUCUGUGCUGUGGAUAAGGAUCAUCGAGCUGUCAGCCUGGGCAGCUUUCUCUCACCUCCCCAGAAGAUUAAAGUAGGAAACGACAUCAGACUGGUGUAUACUGAUGGAAAUUUUUGUGUCCAUAAAAAGAGGAGGAUCCAAACUAUCCUGACCCUCAAGUGCAAACCAGGAGAUCUCAAAAGCCCACCGGUCCUUCGUAGCAUUUCAUCUGAUGGAUGUAUCUACGAGUUGGAGUGGUACACUGCCGCUGCAUGCGUCCUCUCAAAGACAAAGGGAGAUGACUGUAAAGUGGAGGACCCUCAGGCUGGUUUCUCUUUUGACUUGUCGCCUCUCUCCAAAGUCAAUGGUGGCUUUUACAACCUGACCAGUGAAGACUAUAACUACUACAUCAAUGUCUGUGGUCCCGUUAAUGUGACCAACUGUCCUGAAAAGGCCGGAGCAUGCCAGGCCAAAACGAGCGCUUGGAGUCUUGGGGAGGCAAACUCCCGUCUGUCCUACUAUGAUGGCCUGAUCCAGCUGACCUACAGUAACGGCUCCCAGUACAACAACGAAGAACACACCCGGAGGUCCACUCUCAUCUCCUUCCUCUGUGACCCAGAAGCUGGAGCUGGAAAACCCGAAUUCCAGAUUGAGGACCAGUACACAUACAACUUCCGCUGGUAUACAUCCUACGCAUGUCCUGAAAGGCCUCAUGAGUGUUUGGUGACAGAUCCCGUCACUUUUGAACAGUACGAUUUAUCCAGCUUGUCUCGCUCCACUUCCAGUAACAACUGGCUGGUCAUGGAUUUGUCUGAUACCAUGAACCGGAAGAAGUAUUACAUCAAUAUAUGUCGGCCUAUCAACCCUGUGAUGGGCUGCGACCGUCAUGCGUCUGUCUGCCAAAUGAAGUACAUAUACGAGCAGGGCUCCCUAAAGGAAGUUGUGGCAGUCAGCAACAUGGGUAUUUCCAAGCGAGGGCCGGUCAUAGAGGGACGGGACCAGCUGCUGCUGGAGUUCACCGACGGCUCUGUCUGCGUGUCGGAUGGACAGAAGCUCACAUACACAACACGCAUCCACCUGGUCUGCUCCAGAGAAACUGUGUCUACAGGCCCACGAUUCCUCAUGUACCAGAACUGUACUGCCAACUUCAUGUGGGAGACCAGGGCAGCCUGUGCCAUCCACACCAUAACGAACAAAACCUGUGCUGUGGUGGACCCCAACACUGGCUUUGAGUUCAACCUUCAGCAUUUGGCUACACAGAAUGGAUACAAGACAAAAGCAAAUGGCAAGGACUUCCUGGUGAAUAUCUGCUCAGACUUGGCAGAGUGUGGACAAGGCAUGGCUGGCUGUGAAAUGGAGGACGGACAUCCCUCCAGCCAAGUGGGGGUGGAGAAGACCCUCCAGUAUUCGACUGAUGGCCUGCUCCAGCUAACAUAUAAGGGACGCCUGGAUAGUCCAACAGCAACUCGGGACACCUUCACCAUUUACUUUGUAUGUGAUCCAAACUCUCACCCUGGAUCAUUAAAACUGCGGGAUGAGAGCUUGAGCUCUGUAUCUAGCCAUGUGGUGCACGACGUCGUCUUUGAGUUCUCCACUGCCCUGGUGUGCAUCCCUGCUCCAGUUGACUGCCAGAUCAGUGAUACCCACGGUAAUAAGUAUGACCUGAGUCACCUGAUCCGGAAUACAGAUGACAGCCCCUGGAUCGCUGUAGAUACAGAUGGGGGCAAAUCACGCACAUUUUACAUCAACGUCUGCAAUCCCCUCCCCCCCACUGGGAAAGACUGUCCUGCGGGACCCCUGGGUGCUUGUGGUAUGAUUGAUGGGAAAAGUCUCAACCUGGGAUACGUGCAGUCCGUCCCACAGGUGGCAGAGGACGGCUCCAUCAGUAUUGUAUAUCAGAACGGAGACCCAUGUGGUUCAACAUCCCACUAUUCAACACGCAUCAUCUUCCAUUGUGAUCACAACCUAGGCUCCCCUAUGUUUGACCGCAAAGAUGGUUGUGAAUAUGUCUUCGUCUGGAGGACAUCUGAAGCCUGCCCGGUCAGGAAGUCUCAAGGUGAUAACUGCCGGGUUCGGGAUCCCAGAAGCGGUUAUGAGUUCAACCUGAGCUCUCUGAAGGGAAAAGAUUAUCUUGUCGGGAGUGAGGGGUACAUUUACCACCUGUCGGUCUGUGGGGGGCUCCAGAGAGACGUUUGUACCAACAGUGGCAUCGGAGAGGUCUCCUCCUGCCAGGUGAAGGAAAACAACCACAAAAAUGCAGGAAUGGCAAACCAGAUUCUCAGCUAUGUGGGAGACCAGCUCAUCCUGAAUUACACCAAUGGAGAUACCUGUCACAGGAUAUACAACAGAUCCACUGAGAUUUACUUCUCCUGCCACCCUGACAUGCAGCCUGGAGCACCACAGUUUAUCAAGGAGACUCCAGACUGUACCUACCUGUUCAACUGGCCCACCGCUCUGGCCUGCAUCCCAGUCAAAACCACCAGCUGCUCCUACAAUGACGGUCACGGGCACUCAUACGACCUCUCCCCUCUGGCUAUGGACUCCUGGAACUGGGAGGUGGAGCACUCUACUGAUGACACAACGAAACAGUUUUACAUCAACGUGUGCAGGUCGCUGGUGCAGCAGCCAGGUUCAUGGGCAUGCCCCUCUAGUGCAGCAUCCUGCCUGAAGGAUGGAGAUAAUUACACGAGUCUGGGGCAGGUGGAGUCUGGUCCUACAUGGGAUGGAAAUGUCCUGAAACUGCGGUACACCAGUGGCGAAGCCUGUCCUGAUGGAAGCCGCAAGAGGAGCAGCAUCAUCCGCUUCAAGUGUGACAAGGACAAAGUGGACUCCCGGCCUACUCGGAUCUCUGUCAUUGAGGACUGUGUGUACACCUUCCUGUGGUUAACAGCUGCUGCUUGCCCUCUGAACAGCACUCAGCACGACGACUGCAGGGUCGCCAACCCUGCCACAGGCCAUUUUUUUGACCUGAACACCCUAUCAAAGGAAGGUGGUUACAUUGUGACUGAUCAUCGGGAAGAGGGGAACAUGUACUUUAUGAACAUCUGUGCAAACGUGUCCAUCACCGGAUGCAGCCCUGAAUCUGCUGUGUGUAUAACGCACAACAACAUGGUGGCGAGCGGUGGCCAGGUGAGCAGAAAUCUCUCCUACAUGAAUCAUGUUGUGGAGCUGACGUACGAAGGAGGAAGUCCCUGCCCAGCAAACCCUGCACUCCAGCACACCACCAUCAUCGACUUCGUCUGCAGGCCACCAAGCAUAGGCUCAACCUCCCCAGAGCCAGUCUUCAUUGUCUCCUACGCUGAAACCUGCACACACUACUUCUCAUUCCACACAGCCCUGGUCUGUGAACAGCCUGUGAAGUGUUCAGUCCAGAGCGGCUCUGUUCUGAUAGACCUGACUCCUCUGAUUCAUGUCAGUGGAUACUACACCGCAACCGACGAGGAAGUGGAGCAGAAUGAUGGAUCUCCAGACUUCUACAUCAACCUGUGUCUGCCUCUAAACCCCAUCCCUGGGGUCAACUGCCCCCCUGGAGCUGCUGUCUGUAUGGAUCCUGAUGAUGGACCACCAGUGAACAUUGGACAGAGUACCAGCGGUCCUGAGAUCAGCUCUGCUACAGGUGAGGUGUCAAUCACCUACAAGAGCUCCACCAAGUGCGCAGCUGAUCCUGCACAGAACUACACGUCAACCAUUAUCUUUACCUGCCAGAGAGGCCUCGAGCUGGGCUCUCCACAAAUGCUGAGACGGCAGGAAUGCCUCUAUUUGUUUGAGUGGGCCACCCCUCUAGUCUGUUCAGAUGCCACCCAAACCAGCGGUUGCAAGCUCACUGACUCCCAGCUGCAGUUCACCUUUGACCUGUCGACCCUCUCUGGUGAAGUGCAGGUACAAGGGCCGUCCAGCACCUACCACAUCAACGUCUGCAGCUCAGUGGUAAGGGCAACUUGUAAGGAGAGCGCAGUUUGCCAGGUGUCUGGAUCUGGUUCAGAUAAGUCAUUUGGCAUCAGCAAGGCCAUGACAAUGGACUACAAACACGAAGAACAGGCUAUACUGAUGAAGUAUGGUGGGGGAGAUCUCUGCACACCAGUGACCACUGAGGGAGACGUAUGUGUGUUCCCCUUCAUUGUCAUGAACAAGUCGUAUACAGAGUGCACCACGGAUGCAAGGAUAGAUGGCAAGAAGUGGUGCGCCACCACCGCCAACUAUGACACAGACAGGCAGUGGGGAUUCUGUAGCACAGCCACUGGUAAACGUCAGUCCUCCAUAUUAUUUAUCUGUGACCAGUCAGCGGGCCACGGCUCCCCACAGCUGCUCUCGGAGACGGCCGGGUGUUCAGUCACUUUCCAGUGGAAGACCAGUGCUGUUUGCCCCCCGAAGAAGAUGGAGUGUAAACUGGUCAUCCAGCAUAAGACCAUCGACCUGCGAACCCUGUCCUCUCUCACAAGGCCAUGGAAGUUUAUACACCAAGAAGAUUCAUAUUUCAUCAACCUGUGUCAGGGCAUCCAUGGUUUACCAGAUUGUCCAGAAGGAGCGACUGUGUGUCGACACACAGCAGCAGGAAAGACCCAUACCCUGGGCCGAGUUUACACUCAGGAAAUGAGCUACACUGAUGGAAAGAUCUCUGUUCGUUACUCAGCGGGCGAUGAUGCCUGUGGUAACGGCGUGAAGGCAACAACCGUGAUCCAGCUGAGCUGUGGCAUCACGGUCGGACACCCGGCACUCAUCAGUGUUGAUGAAACAUUGUGCAAGUUUGUGAUUGGCUGGGAGACCCGGUUGGCGUGUCCAGUGACGCAACAUGAGGUGGAGAUGGUGAAUGGGACGAUACAGGUUCCUGACACUGGAGUAAACUUCAGCCUGGGAGCGCUCUACUUUGGUCACCAUCGGGCAUCUGGAGACAAUCGUCCUAAUGGAGACCACUACGUCUACCACAUCCGGUUGUCUGGCAUCACCAACAACUCCCUGCCCAUGUGUUUUGGUGCCAACAUCUGCCAGGUCAAACUCAAUGGAACCUACAUACGCAAGAUUGGCUUCUCCAGCAAAACAAAGUACUACAUCAAAGGAGGAAACCUGGAUGUGAUGGUGUCCUCUGAAUCGGAGUGUGGGCGGGAGAAAACCAAGAUGGUGUCAUCCACGAUCAUGUUCCACUGUAAGCCGUCGGCAGGCGUUGGCAACCCCGAAUUUAUGCUGGAGACGGACGAAUGCCAGUAUCUGUUUGUGUGGCACACGGACGCUGUCUGUGGUUUGACAACUCUGGAUACGGCGUAUGACGGCGAAAGUCCGGCUCUUUCUAGACGGAGCUGGCUGGUGGGGGUGGUGCUGAACCUCCUGAUGGUGGGUCUGUCUGUCUGUCUGCUGGGGCUUUUACUCCACAAGAGAGAGCGGAGGGAGCUGGUGAUGCAGAAAGUUGCUGGUUGUUGUAGGAGAGGAAACCAGGUCUCCUAUAAAUAUUCCAAGGUCAGCAUGAACGAAGAAGGGGGUGAAGAGGAGAUGGAGUGGCUGAUGGAGGAGCUCGAAGCCCCUCCAUCAUCUUCUGCAUCCUCCCACCGGGGCAAGAGUAACCAUGGCAAUGGUCAUAUCACAACCAAGCCGGUGAAUACGGACGGCCUGCGCUCGUUCUCAGUGGAUGAGCAGGAAGACGACAGCGAGGAUGAGGUCCUGAGCGUCCCAGGGGUGCGGGUAGUCAAAUCCUCUGGUGUCUCCGGGCACGCUGCAGCCCUUCGCAGUGCCUUGCUACAGGAGGAGAGCGACGAGGACCUGGUCGGCCUCCUGGAUGAGUCGGACAGGAAGAGCAGGAGCAGCAAACCUCGCUCCUCAGACCUUAACCAUGGUAACAGCAUGGCAGCCAAUAGGAAGGGGGACGAGGACGACAGUGACGAGGACCUUCUCAGGGUGUGAUGUCACUUUCUCCUCCCCAUCCCACUAUCCAAUCUGAACUCUUCUCUCUCAGUGAAUGUCUCCAUAAUAGCAACGACAGCAUAUUGAAAGCAGAAACCUUUCCUUUUUUGGGGGAAAUUUUUUUUUUUUUUUUUUUUUUUUUGGGGACUGCACCUUUACUUGGCCUCCUCAGACUGUCCACAGGCUGUCGGUGUGAGCAUAUAGUUUCUUAUUUAUUGAUAGAUGAUUAUUUAAAGUGUUCUUUUUCAUUAUUCCUGAUUGAAAUAUCUGACUUCACUAUUGCUACUUCAGUCAUGCCACGUUUAUCUAAUAAAGUCCUAACAGGCCUGUAGAGACUAGAAAUCGGCCUCAAGCACACACAGCUUCUCUCUGUGUGUCGACUCUGCAGUGAGGCUUGUGAAUGAAAAGGUGAAAAUUACAUGAAGUCUUUCUUUUCUUCUGGUGGAGCUGUGCCAUCGUUUAGCACUUUAUGGGAGCACGGAUUAACAGAAUAAUACUGUUUGCAUGUUUCUUUGCAAACCAGGCAACUUGACCUUUACAAGCUCCUUUGGAGGUUGAUGUAGAUUUUUUUAUGUCUAUUGGCCUAUUAGGACUGUAUACCAUAACUGUGGUGAAAUGUACAGUUAAGUAGCUCAGUAGUGAAACUAUUAAGCUGAUUUUGGGCGAGUUCCUUGGACGUAGACAGUGAAGGUGUCUCCUUGUGUUGUUUCUAAAGGGAAUGACGACAGCAGUUUGUUUUUUCUUGCUGCUUACAGUUGCUAAUAAUGAAAUGUUUCUCUUUCGUUCCCCUCGAGAAGAAAACGUGAUGCCUUUGAUUAUGAAUUUACUUUGUAUUUUCAUGAUGAAUCAUGUCGGGCGACAUAUUGAUUUUUGUCUUGUUUUAAUCAGAGACACUGUAUAUAGAUGAUGAUGUUCUAUAAUAUGGAUGUUUUGUUUGUCUGUUGUCGUUUUCACCGGUGAAUUGCUCACAUAUUUGUUUUUUGAUUAUUUAAAUGGUUGUCGGAGCCAAUUAUCUGUACAUAUACAGUAUUUGUUUUGUGCAUAAACAGAGGCGGCCUUAAGUGUGAAUGGACAGUCAACAAGGACGGAGGUUGAAACCGAAACUUGUUAGUUUAGGUUGUGCUGGUUCUGAAGUCAGUCUCCUGCCAAAGCCAUAUUUGCUCAGCCACCCCGGCACUAAUCAGUGGAAGUUGGGGAUAGUUUACGCUCACACUCUUGUACAUUAAAGGCUCAGUUUUGGUAUUCGGGGCCGUAACUGUGGAUGUUGGAGGUGACAUUUUAACUCAGUCAAGCCAAGUUUUUGUGGUGCAGUAAUUAGCCCUUUUUAGCCAAAUGCAUGUAAUGAUAAGACAAAAGUGAAGCAUAAAUGUAUCAAGAAUGCAGGUACUUGACUUAUCUUUAACAUAUUUUCAGCUAAUAAUCAAACUAGUGUUUUCACAGAGGAUGGCAGUAAUGAUGCAAGACCCAGGCGAGAUUCACUGUGCUUCACUGUGCUUCAGUCAAACUGGCUGCAGCGUUCCCACAUCAGUGAUACACCUACACAGUAUAUGCCACAGUAUUUGGGUGCCGUGCCACUUGUAAAUGUUUUCGAGACAGUGUCUUUUUGUCUACACAGACUUGGUGAGUUCAACCAAAUAGCGAACUGUUGUGGGACACUGAGCAGAGUGGAAAUGAAUUUAGUUCCUACUAAACAUGAUGGACUUGACUGUGCUCUCUGCAGUAUUUUAUCUUUUCUGGUGUGCAUAGCAGUUAAGAACAGAUUAAAUCUUUUUCCAAAAGCUGCAGUUUACACUUAUUUUCAUUAUGAAUUCAUAUAUAGAUUAGCUGUUUAGACUAAAUGUUGGAAGAUGAUGAAAACCACCAAGGGGACAUCUUCAGUCUAAAAA